AUGUAUGUGUCGGUUAAUAUUGUCGCCUUUGGGAAUGAAAGAGAUGGGUUUUCUGAGGACAAUCAGCCGCCGAGCCUGAUCGAGAGCUAUCUCGGGAGAAGUGCCCUCGUUUCCCAGAUCGACAGCAGCUUGUCUGCCUGUCAAGUCAGAAGCCCGGUUUUUACAGAGUACCAAGCCUGCGUGUUUGGGAAUGUCAGGCUGGUGGUCCACGAUUGUCCUGUUUGGGGUAUAUUUGACAGUGACUGGUACACCUCUCGCAGUCUCAUUGGAGGAGCUGAUAUUAUUGUGAUUAAAUACUCUGUCAAUGAGAAGAACUCAUUUCAAGAAUUAAAGGACAGUUAUGUCCCAAUGAUUAAAAAAACAUUAAACCACUGUUCAGUUCCAGUAAUAAUUUCUGCUGUUGGUGCAAGGAAAAAUGGAGUACCUUGCACCUGCCCCCUGUGCACUUCGGACAGGAGGAGCUGUGUCACCACCUCUGAGGGAGUUCAGCUUGCCAAAGAACUAGGAGCCACUUACCUCGAAUUACACACUCUUAAUGACUUCUACAUACAGAAGUACUUUGGAGGAGUGCUGGAAUAUUUUAUGAUCCAAAGUUUGAAUCAGAAGUCAUCUGAAAAAAUGAAGAAAAGGAAAAAGACACAGAAAUGCCAUCGAGUUCAGCCACCUCAGCUGGAACAGCCAGAGAAAAUGCCGAUCUUAAAGGGCGAAGCCUCACACUAUGACGCCGACCUGCACAACCUGCUCUGCUGCUGCCAGUGUGCUGAUGUGGCGUUUUACCCUGAGGAUCUCAGCACGGUGGUGGAGGCUCACAAGAUCAUCCUCUGUGCUGUCAGCCACCUCUUCAUGCUGCUUUUCGAGGUGAAGAGGCCCACAGACAUCCAAGAUGCUUCCAUUGUGCAGAUGGCACAGAGCCUCUUUGCUGUGGAGGCUGGGGGUGCCCUCCCUCCCGCCCCGGAUGGUGUCUCACCUGUGAGGGUGCUGGUGAAGGACUCUGUCUUCUGCUCUUGUCUCCCAGAGAUCCUCCACUUCCUUUAUUCAGGUGCUUUCCAGUGGGAACGACUGGAAGAGGAUAUAAAAAAGAAGUUGAAAGAUCCAGAAAAAAUGGAACACGUGCUGGAAAAAGUUAAAUGUAUCCUGAAAACACCAGGGAAGCUUAACACUGUAAAGGAGUGCAGACCUCGCCAGAUGAAGCAGCUAUGUAAUACUUCUCUCAGGCUGUUCUUUAAUACACCUGUCCUAGCUGAUGUCAUCUUCAAAAUACAAGGUGCAACUGUACCAGCCCACAGAGCAGUUCUGGUAGCUCGCUGUGAGGUAAUGGCAGCUAUGUUUAAUGGUAAUUAUCUAGAAGCAAAUAGUAUUCUGGUUCCAGUGUAUGGAGUUUCCAAAGACACUUUCCUCUCCUUUCUAGAAUAUCUUUAUACCGACUCCUGCUGUCCAGCCAGUAUUCUCCAAGCUAUGUCUCUCUUGAUCUGUGCAGAGAUGUACCAAGUAAUGAGACUCCAACAUAUCUGUGAGCUCUACAUUAUCACACAGCUUCAGAGCAUGCCUAGCAGGGAACUGGCAUCCACAAGUCUCAGUAUUGUUAGCUUGCUCAAAAAAGCUAAGUUUCACAAUUCUGAUUGCCUUUCAACUUGGCUUCUUCAUUUUAUUGCCACUAACUACCUCAUCUUCAGUCGAAAACCUGAAUUUCAAGAUCUUUCAGUGGAGGAGCGCAAUUUUGUAGAGAUGCACAGAUGGCCUUCCAGUUUGUACCUGAAGCAGCUUGCUGAAUACAGGAACUACAUCCACUCUCAGAAAUGCCAUUGCACAGUAAUGUGA